UCCUGCACACAGCUGAGUUAAACUCUGUGUUGGUUCUCCGCUCAUUACCCGGAACUUCUCCUGGACAGUCCUGGGCGACCUGCGCUAUGAAGACUCUUUUCCUCGUUACUCUGGUGUUAUGGCUCAUUUACAGAGGCAGAGUUGCCGGCCAGGCCUUGCGUUGUCCUAAAGUGACUACAUACAACGCAGUCUGCUCACCAAGGACAGAGCACUUUUGUGAAUCAGAUGACGAAUGCUCGGAGGGCCGAAGGUGUUGUCCAUCUCGACAGGGUGCAUGCCAGCUGACGUGUACGAAGGCUGAGGUUCUUGAGGGUUGCCCCAAGCCUGUGGAUCUCGUCUUACUCAUUGAUGCAUCAGGCAGCAUAAGCAGGAGAAACUUUGUCCGAUUUAAAGUUUUCCUCAAGCGGCUAGUGGACGAGUUCGACAUAUCUGAGAGUGGUACUCACGUGGCUCUAGUCGAGUACAGUACAGAGGCGUCAGUCCAGCUAAAGUUUAAUGAUUACAGUGGUGCGUUCCUGAACGCAGCUAACGUGAAGCGGCGUAUUGAUAAAAUUCCACAUACUCGAGGAUAUACAUAUAUCGACAAGGCUUUGGCAUUGGCCAACAGCGAAGUCCUCUCUACCAAAGGGGGAAUGAGGCAGAACGUGUCUAAGGUAGCUAUCGUUAUGACUGAUGGUGCACAAACAGUUCCAGGCGACGGUCUAAAAUCGAGUUCAGAGAUUUUAGACGCUGCAGUUCAGCCAGUGAAGGACAAAGGCGUAGAAGUUAUGUCAAUUGGAAUCGGAAAAGGCAUCGAUCUAGUGGAUUUGGUGACUCUGGCUUCGGACGAUACCGGUGUCUUUUUGGCAGAGACCUUUGCAGCCUUAAAUGAGAUUGCAACAGAUAUAAGAAAAGGAAAAUGCCCAGGUGAAAUUACUUUUCUGAUACUAGGGUGA